AUGGUUCUCGAAGCGGUCAUGGUUGUCGUCGACAACAGCGAGAGCAGCCGCAACGGUGACUACCAACCCACACGGUUCGACUCGCAGGCCGAUGCCGCCAACGUGAUCUUCCAGACCAUCACGAACAGCAACCCCGAGUCGUCUGUGGGAUUAAUGAGCAUGGGCGGCAAGGGCCCCGAGGUCCUUGUCACGCUCACCACGGAACAGGGCAAGAUUCUCGAGGGCCUCCAUCGCACGAAGAACAAGAUCAAGGGGUCCUCGCACCUUGCUACAGGAAUCCAGGUCGCCGGUCUGGCUCUCAAGCACCGUCAAAACAAGUCGCAACGUCAACGGAUAAUCGUCUUUGUCUGCUCGCCGAUCGAGGAGGAGGAGAAGAAGCUGGUGCAGCUCGCCAAGAAGAUGAAGAAGGGCAACGUCUCGGUCGACUUUGUGCUCUUUGGCGCCCACGACGACGACGAGACCCAGCAGAAGCUGCAGGCCUUCAACGAGAACGUCAAGGGAGGCGAGGGCUCACAUCUGGUCGUCAUCCCCCCGAGCGCCAAGCUGCUCAGCGACCAGCUCAUCUCGUCCCCGAUAUUGCUCGGCGAGGGCGCCGGCAACGUGGCGGCAGCGCGAGCCGCGCGUAUGGAGGAGGAGAAGGCGCGGCAGGAGAAGAAGGCACGCGAGGAUGCCGAGGGCUGCCCAGAAGGCUUCGCUGGGACGACAUCAAGGAGGAUGGCGAGUCGGCCCCCGCUGCUGGGCGAGGCGAGCGGUAGCAGCGACAAGGAGGGACAAGAAGGGACGACGAUAAGAUGGACACGUCCAUAG